AUCGUGAAAUAUAAGGACUGUUAUCGUUGAACUUUUGCAAUGUCGAACACAAGAUAUCCGUUUUGCAUUUAAAGCACUCAGUCGUAGGAACAGAUAAAACAAUACAAAUGUGUUAAAGUCUUAAUAAUAUGGAUAUACGACAUGCAAUUUUAAGGAGUUUUCUCAUCUUAAUGAGAUUAAACGGCUUGAACACUGCAGUACUUCUUCGGUGGCGAGGACAGAGUCUACAAGUCUCUUUGAGUUUAUGUUUAACUUCAACGUUGUUUAAUAUUGAUCUUGAAAUGCAAAUAUCGGAUAUUGCAAAACAGUGCUUAUAUCUCUUCCAAUGAAAUAUUCUUCUGAACGAUUGGGUAGACCGGCAGCUCAAUGAAUGGAUUAGUGAAUAAGAUAUAUAGCCAAUUCAAAUAUACAUUGUGCAAGUAAAUAGUAGAUCGACAAGAGACCUUAAAUAGGUUUAUUCCCAACAGAUGACUGGAUUUAUUGAAAGCAAUGUUGCAAACUGUUUAGAUAUCACACCCUAGCUGAUCGGACUAUUAAUGGGGACGUCAUUUGAAUAGUCUUCUAGUGCUUGUGUGUAUAUAUAAUUUAUAUAUACCUUUAUAUCACCUAUAUGUUAGCGAUAAAUGAACGAAACGCGACCGGAACUUAAGUUUAAAGUCGUCUACGCUAGGCAGCUCGAAACAUAUUCAAUUCCACCACUCAUUGCACUUGAGAUUAUUGGAACUGAUUGUAAUAUAAUAGAAACAUUAUUGGAAAUUGAAAGCAAUGUUAUUGUAGAUGAAGAUAAUAAAACAACAAUCAAUCGAUUUAAUGUGAAAGUUGUUGAAGAGAAACUGACGCUAUAAACUUCACAAUAAAUGAAGUGCUUAAAAUAAAGAGCAAAUUAAUUUAAAAUGUCGUCGACGACGUCUUUGAUUCGUUAUGAUGACGAAAUUAAACGGCGACUGGAGAAGUUAUCUAGGACAUAUGAUCUUACGACUAUGAAGAUUUUCAUCGCCGUGGAAUGUUUAGGCGAAGAGCUGGUGACCUGUACCUACAAUGCAACAAAGAAAGGACGGUGGGAAGCGUUCCUACAGCGGAGAGAAGCUUGUCGCCUUGACCUCCACAAGCACGAGAAAAACAAGACCAAAUAUCAAGAGUUCUUAAAGAACGUGUCACGGGAACAUCAGGGACAACAGUUUUACAAUGCUCUUCUCAUGAUGAUGAAACUCAAGGGAGCCGAUGAUGCAUUUAAACAGCUCGGACCAAAUGUUGCUGAGACCAACGAUAGUUCCUUUUGCUCAAACCUGUGUAGACUCUUUGAAAGGAAGAUUGAAUCCUGGUUCGAGACAUUCGAGGCAGUUGCUGUGAAAUUGACUGGACAUGUUAAGGUUUCAAAUUUCGUCAGAGUGUUAGCUGGUCAAGUUGAUGCUCUUUGUUGCAAAGGAGGUUUCACUUAUGCCAUUAACAUUAAAGUCACAGGUCUUGAAACACCAAGACCGCUGGACAUUGCUGAGCUUCAGAUGUGCAAGAUUCUUGUUAUACAGAAUGGACUUGCGGUUCCAUCAAAUUUGAAAAUGUGCUUGUUGGUGCUACAUCUUACUGAGGAAAGGCCGAUCUUGCGACUAUGGGAGUACACACCAACAUCUGAAAUGGACACUUCAAUCAAAGAAGCUGAUAUUGAUAAGCUUAUUGAUGCCGGAAAACUUAGCCAGUAUCACGAGUUUUGGAAAGACAAUGUUCACCAAAUAAGUGCCGUACAAUCUGACCAAGUUUUGUAAGCAUAGUUGAAAAAAACAAUCAUAUGACAAUAUAUCAAGCAGUCUAUCAAGUUCUUGCAUCGAAUUGUAUUAAAUCUCUCAGAUUUCAACAGGGAACAUAUUGAUACUCAAAUAUUACACUCUGGAAUUGGCAGAAGGAAUUUACAAAAUUCAUCAGUUUUGAAACAAUCAUUAGUCAAUCUAAAGAAGGAUUGUUUACAUACAGUAUAUAUACAUUUAGUCAUAUUUCUUCUUAAUCUCAUUACAGUAUUUUAACUUUUAAUACGAGUCAAGGGCUGGCUACGCUAAUGCUAAGCAUGUAUAAUGUCACAGUAUUUUUCAGCUCAAAUUUGUUCAACAAGUAGGUAUUGAUUUUGACAAAACAUCACCCACCCGUUAGAUCGCAUUAUUCAAGUUAACGAUAAGUUCAUCUCAAAGCCUUAUUGUGAUGGUUAGCUGGGUUGUUUUGUUAUUUGCAAAUGGUUAUUUUAAGCUUCUGGUGACCAAUUGUUCAGUGUGGAACUGGAUAAAUAGAGUUAAUGAGUGCCACAUACUGGUCUUUGCUCUUUGUGAUAAUAAUAAUACAGAAUAGCGGGGAUUCAAAAUAUUGGCGAAGAUCGGAAAUAGAUAUUCAUUUAAGAUGAAUCAAUAGGUAUUCAAUACAAAGUUUGUUGGUUAAAUAAGGAAAUGAAGAUAAGACACAUUUUGUUAAGCUUGCUGCUUUUUAUAAGAUUGCAUACAUAACCAGAUGUUUAUCAAAUCUACAAAAUGUCUCUUCUGCAUUUUAAACAAUUGUAUCUUGAUCAUGUUUAUAUCUUUCCAAAUGUUGUCCUUCAUGACGAAAGCAGAAUUCAUUCUUCUGUUUCUGUAAAUUUGAUGAUAACCUACGCAUUUUGUCUGUAAUCUUUUCAUAAGUGGCGUGUUUUGUAUUUAGACUUUGUACGUAAAAUCAUGUAUGUACUGACUGUUUAAUAAACUGUUCAAACAAAA